GAGUAAUCCGAAAACCGGAAAAGGGCCAACGAUGGAAAUGGAAAAGGUCUGCUGCUGGACCAUUUGAGAGGUCAAACCAAUCAGUUGAGUGUCUCGAAAAAACAAUCCUGGCAUACGAAAGACUAGACUAGAAUAAAAACGAACACAAGUUAAUCGAUUCCAAGUAUCGAAAACACAGUGAUUUAAGAAGGUGAUCUAUUGUUGAGACGGAUUAAAGCGUUGCUUGUGGUUGAAAAAAUGAGAUCAGACCUGGUGGACGACCGGAAUAUCCUGCAGAUAGCGGCAGCCGAAAUAGCCGAAUCAUCCGAUACCAGUGGCUUUUUCGAAAUUACCAGCAACGGUUCCAAUGGCAACAAUGGUAAUCGGUCCGACGAUCUGCUGCAAAUCCCGCACGAUUUCCUGAACGGCCAACGAAGCACCUCGAGACCGAAAAGAUCCGCCCGCAGACUGCAAACGGAAUCAGCGCUGGAUCCGGACAUGACGGAUUCCAGUUCCCAGAGCGAUGACACCAGCUGCGGAAGCAGUCGCAACGGAAGUCGCGGAGGCAGCAGCAGCAGCCGCAAUGCCUACUCGCAAAACAAUGGCAACAACAAUAACGGCAGCUCAUCGGCAAGCUCCCGCCGAAGGAAAGGAGUGCUCAACGCCAAGGAACGGAACCUGCGACGGCUGGAAAGCAACGAACGGGAACGGAUGCGAAUGCACAGCUUGAACGAUGCAUUUCAGUCACUGCGAGAGGUCAUUCCACACGUCAAGAAGGAGCGCCGUCUAUCCAAGAUUGAAACGCUAACCCUGGCCAAGAACUACAUCACCGCCUUAACGGACGUAAUCAUCGUGAUGCGCGGCGAUGGGGACAACAGCUCGGCCACCUCGGUGUCAGCAACGAUUUCCACAACGAGCAGUCCUGUCGUUUCGAUAGCGUCUUCAGCACUGCACCAGCCCAGCAUCUCCAAGGCGGAAGUCGAAGUUUGCACCCGGCAGCAGAGGUUGUCUCAUACAGCUUCCACCCAACAUCAGCUUCAGCUUCCUCCCAUCCAUCAUCUGCAGCAUCUUCAGCAUCAGCACCUGGUAGCAGUGACGGCGACGGCGGCUGAUCCGAUUUCCGUCAAUAUAUCCGCCCUUGACGAGCUCAACGAUGGUAUCAGCAGCCACCAUCAGCAUCAGCAUCUGCAUCAUUCCACCAGCAAUGGCCACAUCGAACAACAGCAACGGAAGCACCGGCAACACAACAAACAGCAGCAGCAACAGCAACAACAAUCAUCAUCAGGACAACAACAACAGCACUGCAAGUAG